AUGGAUUGGAAAGAUUCUGAUAUUGAGGGAAUGUUUGGAUUAGCCCUUUUUGAUUCUUCAAAUGGAAUUCCUUCAACUUUGAAACAAUUAGCUCCAAUUUUAGAUAAACCUGUAUUUAGCGUUCUUACUGAUGGAGAUACAAUGAAUAAUGUUGAAUAUCAUAUGAAAAUAGGUUCUUCAGAAAUUGAGGGACGUUGUCGUUCUAAAGAUUACAUUUAUUUCCCUUCAACGAGUGCUGAAAUUGAAGAAUCCAAAAAAGAUGGAUAUCAUACUCGUUUGUUGUCAAUUGAAUUAAAAUAUAAAAAUGGAAGUUUUGCUCGUUGGAUUUUACCUUCUAAAACAGAUAUUGAAUUUACUAGAUUAGUUAAUGAUGAAUUAGGGAAUUAUGAAAGUCAUAUAUAUGGUGAUAUUGAAACAGUUAAUGAAAUAAAUAAACAAUUAGGUGGAAAAUUAGAAUAUUGGCAGGAUUAUAUACAAUAUAUUCCUUGUAACGGAAUUGAUAUGCCUUUAAUUGUGCUUACAAUGGGAAAUAAAACACAUAGGGCAGAAUGGGCAAUACCCCAUGAAGAAUAUUCUAUUGAAUGGUAUGAAGAUAGAUGUCUUUCUUUAUUUCAACAUCAUACAUGGUUUGGUGCAUGGACAUCGUUAGAUUAUCACACACAAAAUUGUUUUGCCAUAAGCUUUGGUACUGAGGGGAAUAUGAUUGGAAUGGCUAGACCUAUUGGAGGAAAUAAAUUAAAGAAAAAAAGCAAAAAAGCAAUUAAUAAAUAA